AUGUACACGCUUUCUAGGCGAGCUUUCUGCAUAGGUCAGAGAACGUGUCACAAAUCCACAAUAAAAACGAGGUGGCGGCCGAUGCUUGAACCAACUAACUGUGUAGCCAUUGCGUAUAACUCGACGCCACUCAUGUCAAUGAGGCCCCUGCAUACUGACCGACAAUCUCCAGCCGGUCCUAUCGACCUGAUUCCUUUUUAUCAAAAAUUCAUAUCGGACAACACCAAGCUAGUACGAGAUGUACCUUUAGUACCUGAGAUUCGCUUGAGGCUGAUCACCUCAGAUUGCGAGUUAUAUCGAGCAGGUGAAAACGAGCUCGCCGUUUUGCGCACCGAGCAUAAUAUCGAAGCACCGUUUUGGGGAUUUGCAUGGCCCGGUGGCGCAACACUCGCUCGAUACAUAAUUGACAACCCCCACACCGUUAAGGGCAAGCGCGUGCUUGAUAUUGGAGCUGGAUGUGGGAUCGUCGCUCUUGCAUGCCGUUUAGCGGGAGCGUCACAUAUAUCGGUCAACGACAUCGACGACUGCGCUCUGGCUUCGUGUGAAAUAAACGCCCACGUCAAUAAUAUGGAAUUCGACUGUUUCGAUUCCACUAACUUAAUUGGUGGAAGUAUUCCUGAAGAAAUACCGUGGGAUGUGGUGCUUGCGGGCGAUAUCUGUUAUGAUGAUGAGUUCGCGAGCUUGGCUAUUGCAUGGCUCAAGCAACUAGCCGCACGUGGUGUUGAUGUAGUGCUAGGUGACCCUGGUAGGCCCUACCUGCCGCGCACACCAGAUUUGCACAAGAUUGCGGAAUUUGAUCUAUCCGAGGCGUUUAUAGAUGAGAACCAUGGGCUUAGUGUAGGGUCAUUGUAUCGAUUAAAAGUAUGA